AUGGGAGGACCUUAUGCCCCAACUGUCGCCCAGCUGGGUGGCCUACCAACGGUCGACGUCGACGUGCCUAUUUGCGCCAUUCUGGUCGUCGCAUUCCUCAGCUUGGGGAUAUGCCACAUGGUCAUCCUUCGUCGUAAUUUGGCCAGGGGUCACAAAUUCAUCCCAUCCGGUGCAACAUUCGGGUUUUGCAUGUCUCGCAUCGUGGCCAAUGUCAUGCGCAUCGUCUGGGCCUGCUAUCCGCAGAAUAUCCGAGUCGCGAUCGCUUCUCAAAUCUUCGUCGCUGCUGGAGUGUUGAUCCUCUUUAUCUUGAACUUGCUCUUUGCGCAACGCAUGUUACGAGCCGCUUUCCCUGCUCUGGGCUGGUCCCGCCCGGUCUCUUGGGGGUACAAGGUGCUCUAUAUCCUGGUCUUCCUUAGCAUCGUCAUGUUGAUCACCGUCAUCGUGCAGAGCAUGUACACACCCAAUCCGAACACGCAUCGGAUCGACCGCGACAUCCAACUCUACGGGGUGACCUUUUUCGCCAUCGUCUCCUUCUUACCUCUACCCAUGGUGACGAUGGUGUAUCUCUUCGCAGAUGAGAAAAAGGUCGCCUCGUUUGGGCAGGGCUCCUGGCGAGCCAAGGCGUUGGUGAUUCUCAUCGCCGGAACCCUACUGUGUCUCGGCGCGUCCUAUCGCGCUGGAACGACCUGGAUGAAACCACAACCCAUCAAUAUGCCCCCGGCCUACAUGCACAAGGCUUGCUUCUUCAUCUUUGACUUUGUGCUUGAUUUAGUCGUCGUGAUCAUCUUUCUCUUCGCUCGGGUCGACCGACGGUUCUAUGUUCCUGAUGGUAGCUCGAAGCUGCGCCACUACCGUAGUGAUCUCCCCAACGAGAAGGCGCAGUUGCAAAGUGAAAAUGAGCAAGCGUGUGAGACACGGCUUGUAAAGGCCAACUCGGAAGAAGGGCAGGUGGUAUAG